AUGACACAAGGUCCAUCCGAGAUCUACGAACUCAAAGAAUGCGUGGGUCGUGGCAGCUUUGGCGACGUCUAUCGGGCCAUCGAUAAAAGAACCUGCGAAGAGGUAGCCAUUAAGAUAAUAAACUUAGAAGAAAGUAAAGACGACAUUGAAAUCUUGGCUCAGGAAAUUUACUUUCUAUCGGAACUCAAGUCUGAAUAUGUUACGCGGUAUCUCGGAACGUACGUUGAAGACGUAUGCAUUUGGAUAGUAAUGGAAUAUUGUGGCGGUGGGUCGUGUUCGGACAUCUUGAGACAUAUUCCUGACAACAAACUAGCGGAGCACAAAGUUGCCUACAUUAUAAGCGGAGUUGUCUUGGGGCUGCAAUAUCUUCACAGCCAAAGGAAGAUUCAUAGAGACGUGAAAGCGGCUAAUAUUUUGUUAACCAAUGAAGGCGAUGUUAAGCUAGCUGAUUUCGGCGUUAGCGGAGAACUCAUGGCUACAACCAAGCGCACCACGUUUGUAGGAACGCCUUAUUGGAUGGCGCCUGAAGUAAUAACGAGAAAGACAGAUGGGUACGACGAAAAGGCUGAUAUUUGGUCUUUGGGAAUUACCGUUAUCGAAUUACUCACAGGGCAGCCACCAUACGCGAAGCAUGACCCAAUGAAGGUGCUAAUGAACAUUCCUUUCAAAAGGCCGCCGAGAUUGCAAGGCCGCUUUUCUCACGCUGCUCGAGACUUUAUUUCGCAGUGCUUGAAUAAAGAUGCUGCAUCAAGGCCAAGUGCUUCUCAGUUACUGGAGCAUAAGUUUUUGACGCGGACGACAUGGAAAUCCUUAGCCAAUCUGAAAAGGGAAGUUGAUCUGGUCAAGUCUAUAAAGGUUAAAAUCAACUACGCGAAGCACCCUCGCUUUUCUGUCGUUGACAAAAUUUAUACGGCGAGCGUGAGACGACUUGGCCAUUCUUGGGAUUUUGGCCCACAUGUUUUGAAACAAGAUUCUCCCAGAAGCCUUAUUUCGAAAGUGAAGAAGGUGAAUGCGGUGUACGCUGAGUCCGACGACUUAUCACCAAAUUCCGAAAAUAGUCCCCUGACAGGUCUUAUUAGUGCUAAUAUAAAGACACCUUUCACUAAUAUCACAACGCCAACCAUCAAGUAUAACAUCCAUGAAAAGGAUCUCGAUAUCUCUAUGGGUAUCUACGAGGGAGAAAAAAUAACUGAUAAUCUCGAAUGUGUUAAUGAUAACGAGCUUGAUUAUUUGAAGCAUAUCAUCCUCUUCAGCUUUGAAAGAAUACGCGCAAGGGCGCGGUCGAAAGAUACAAGAGUGUCGGUAGAUCAUUUAAGAGAUGUGUUCAAGGAAGCUGAAAAAUCUCAGCCAGGUCUAAGCGAGGCAUUCGUUGAGGAAAUUUACAUGAGAAUGGAAGAGAUAAGACGCUAUAUUGUAGAGACUUCUAUGUAA